GUCAUGUACCACUCAGCUUGCAAUCAGAGCCUAAACAAAUCCCCAAGAAAAAAAAAAACUAGAUUUAAUUCAGUUCUUAUCGGUUGUAGAAGGACAUUAAAAGUGGCCGAUGGUUGAUAAAUAUCUACUUUUGGAUUUUUACGUAGUGGAAUUUUUAAAUAUCUACUAACAUUUUAGUAAAAACUUCUCUGUUUGGAGGUUAGCUAACGCUAGCUGACUUUUAGCUUGGGGGAGCUAGCAUCAUGUCACAACAUGAACUGGUUCUGGACACUGGACAGGGUAGCGGAGCUGUCAGCGAGGGGAGACGGAGAAGAAGUCGACUCGGGCUGGUCGUCACCGGGGUUGUUGGAGGGUCGCUGGUCGCUCUUUACGCGGUGGCCGCUCCGUUUGUUGCCCCUGCCCUCAGAAGAGUCUGCCUCCCGUUUGUUCCAGCCACCACGGCUCAGGUGGAGAACGUUCUCAGGGUGCUGCGGACCAGAACGGGAACUCUGGUGGACAUCGGAAGCGGAGAUGGAAGGAUAGUGAUAGCAGCAGCAAAGUGUGGAUUUCAGGCUUCUGGUUUGGAGCUGAACCCUUGGUUGGUUUGGUUUUCUCGCUACAAAGCCUGGAGAGAAGGCGUCCGCCGCUCCACCUCCUUUCACAUCUCGGAUUUGUGGAAGGCUAGCUUUGCUCAGUAUUCAAAUGUUGUUAUUUUUGGAGUUCCUCAAAUGAUGGGUCAGCUAGAGGUCAAGCUGGCAAAUGAGCUGCCAAGUUCAGCCAAGGUGGUCGCCUGCCGCUUCCCCUUUCCCACAUGGGUCCCUGAAAGCACUGAGGGGGAAGGCAUAGACACCGUGUGGGUGUAUGACGCCAAAACAUUUCGCUCAGAUCAGCACAGAAAAACGGGCAAAACGUUGUUAGAACAAAAAUCACCUCCACACUCAUGAGAUGUUUCCUAAAGCUCCCUAAAGCUUAUUUAUUGUUUUGUUAUUUGCAAAAAUAUACUUUAAAUUAGCUGCCCACGGCAUCCCUAUCCAAAAUUGCUCUGAAGAAAAUUGGAUGACAUGAGUACUUUUGUAUGUAUUUUUGAAAUGAAUUAUCUUGUGUUCAAAACGAGACUCUAAAUCAAACAUAGUGAUGGUAAGUUGAGAAAGCUGUAUUUCUCACAGCAACAGAGAGUGCUACUCUCAUUAAUGCUUGUAUAAUUAGUUGGUUU